UUCCCUCCCCAGGGCCCGCCUCGGAGCAGGAAGGGGCGGCCCGUCGACGCCCUCCCGCAGGCCGGCUGACCUCCUUUCCUCCGCAGCAGCCCAGCCCUGCAUCAGCUGACGGCCAGGCGUCGGUUCCUCUGUUCUUUGCCCGGCGGCACCCGAGGGAGGCGGCGAUGCUGUGCGGCGGGGUGAGCAGCCAGGCCAAGCCGGCCACGGCGGAGAUCCAGAAGCUGGUGCAAGUGGUGAAGGCAGAGGUGGAAGAGAAAGAAGGGAAGACUUUUGAGGUCUUUGAUGCAGUGGAAUUUAAAACACAGUUGGUUGCUGGAAAAAACUAUUUCAUAAAGGUCCUAAUUGGCAAUGAUAAGUACCUUCACUUAAGAAUUUACGAAAGCCUCCCUCAUGAAAAGAAACCCCCGGCACUCACCAGUUACCAGAGCAACAAAGAAAAGCAUGAAGAGCUCUCUUACUUCUAGAAGGCCAACUGGAAGUUUCUUUUCAAGGCAGUGUUUACUUUGCAAAAGCAAAACUCACUGUUCAUUCCUCUUACGGCUAUGAUUUAUUCCUGCAAUGUACCGAUGGUACCGAUUCCUGUGGCCUUCAGUAACAAUUAUAUCCACGAUAAUUAUUUUACAUUUGAUUUGCAUUUAUUCUCUAUGUGUUAUUUGGGGGAGGGGGGCUGUCUGGCACAGCCACCUCAGGGAAAAACAUCCUUCACUCUGAUUGUUUCUAAGCACUGCUCUCUUUUAUAUGCUUUUACAUAAAAAGCUGCCGUUUUGGCUAUAUGUGUAUUAUGACAAGGAGACUAAAUAGCAGUGACAGAGUGUCAAGUUCUGCACAGUGCUCAUUAACUCAACCUCUUUGAUGUAAUUCAAAUAAAGCUUUAUUUAAAUGAA